AAACAGGACGACAACCAAUCAGGAGGCUUGAUGUGACUACGUGCCGCUCUCUUCCAGGCCUUUAUAAACUUUGUGUUUCGUGGCGAAAGGAGGCUUUUUCUCUCUGUUCCACGGCUGCAGUAGAUGCUAAAGAAGCCGAGAUGUUGCUUGUAGCAGUUUUGGCGUUGUGCCUGAGUGCAGCCUUCACAGUCCCCAUUUUGGACCCACAGCUUGACCAGCACUGGAACCUGUGGAAGAGCUGGCACAGUAAACAAUACCAUGAGACGGAGGAGGGGUGGAGGCGAAUGGUGUGGGAGAAGAACCUGAAGAAGAUCGAGCUGCACAAUCUGGAGCGCUCUUUAGGCAAACACUCCUACCGCCUGGGCAUGAACCAUUUUGGGGACAUGACUCAUGAGGAGUUCAGGCAGAUAAUGACUGGCUACAAGCAGAAAGCACAAAGAAAAUUCAAAGGGUCUCUGUUUAUGGAGCCACAUUUUCUGGAGGCUCCGCAUUCUGUGGACUGGAGGGAGAAAGGCUACGUCACCCCUGUUAAAGACCAGGGUCAGUGUGGCUCUUGUUGGGCCUUCAGCACCACAGGGGCCCUGGAGGGUCAACACUUCAGGAAGACUGGCAAGCUGGUUUCCCUGAGUGAGCAGAACCUUGUGGACUGUUCCAGGCCUGAGGGUAACGAGGGCUGUAACGGUGGUCUGAUGGAUCAGGCCUUCCAGUAUAUCAAGGAUAACAAUGGUCUGGACUCCGAGGAGUCGUACCCUUACCUAGGAACGGAUGACCAGCCAUGUCGCUAUGACCCCAAGUACAACUCUGCCAAUGACACAGGUUUCAUGGACAUUAAGAGUGGUAGUGAGCACGCCCUGAUGAAGGCCGUGGCUGCUGUAGGACCUUUGUCUGUGGCCAUUGACGCCGGUCACGAAUCAUUCCAGUUCUACCAGUCGGGAAUCUACUAUGAGAAGGAGUGCAGCAGUGAGGAGCUGGAUCACGGCGUACUAGUAGUGGGUUAUGGCUAUGAGGGAGAAGAUGUGGACAAUAAGAAAUACUGGAUUGUCAAGAACAGCUGGGGUGAGUCGUGGGGAGACAAAGGUUACAUUUACAUGGCUAAAGACAGGAAGAACCACUGUGGAAUUGCAACAGCAGCCAGUUAUCCUCUGGUGUAACCAGACAGUCUGCUGUCACAACAGAGUCCAUUUUUAUUAUAGUAAUAUUUUGGUUUGUGAUAAACGCUGAAGCCUUGGCCAGCAGCACAUUGAAAGGAGAUUCUGCGAUGUUAUGAGGCGGAACACUGUUUUUAGGGAAAUUACGCCGUUACUUUGGCAGUUUUUAUGCCACUAGUUAAUUGCUUUUUUUUUUUUUAAAGUAUAGUGUAUUCUUUGUAAAUAUGUGUAUGCUACUUGUAAGUGGUAUGUUCACAUUUGCUUUGGUCAUUGUGUCGAUUAUUUUCUUUGUGGUACUUCUGUGAUCAAAUAAACUGAAACACUA